UUUUGAUAAAGAUAUCUAUAAUAAUAAUGAGGAUUUUCAAGAAAUAUCUAAUUUUGAUUCAAAAUCAGAAUUAUCUGAAGAAGAAAAUGAUGUAUUCUUUAAUAUUCAAGAAAGUCAAUUUGAUCCUAAAACAAUUAUAAAAGAGAUAAAAAAUAUUAUUUAUAACUCACUUUUUGAAUAUUGGGACUACAUGUCACAAAUUUGCCUUCUUUUAAUACUAUUGGACUCUCAACUAAGAAAAAUAACCUUUGCAAAAGAACUACCUAUUUCAUCCAACCCAACAAAUAUUUCUUCCAACAACAUGUUUAAAGACAUAGUAUUUGGUGAAUCUAAAAAGUCACAAGAUUCUAUAAAUGAAUUAGAUUAUUACCUUGAUUUCAGACAGACUUCUUUG